UUUUGAGUGGGGGAGAGUUUUUGUAAUUGUCACAAACCUUGUGCUAUUUUUCGAAUGUUUGCGCCUUUUUUGGAGUAAACGCUAAACUCCAAUCUCCUGGCUUCUCUGGGCUUUUCAACUUUCAUCUAACACAUCGGUCUCUGCUCUCCUAGUGGUUUUUAGAUUUCCUAUUUAAAUCUGAUCAACUAUGCAGCUGACUCUUGAGUUCGGUGGAGGACUGGAGCUUCUAUGUGAUUCUGUAAAGAUCCAUAAGGUCGAUGUUGACCCACAGACUGAGGAAGAGAAGGUAACAAUGAAACAAUUGCUCCCUUGGAUUCGCACCAAUUUGAUCAAGGAGAGGCCUGAAAUGUUUAUGAAAGGCGAUUCCGUAAGGCCAGGAGUUCUGGUCCUUGUAAAUGAUUGUGAUUGGGAACUAAGCGGACAGCUUGACACAGUGCUGGAAGAGAAGGAUGUCAUCGUUUUCAUUUCGACGUUGCAUGGCGGAUAGUUUCUAUAUUAUCUCUAUAAUUUCAAUGAUCAUAAAAUGUUCAAGAACAGUGCUGAUGCUCGGCAUAUCAUAGAUUGUUAUCAAGAGCCAAAUUUUGAUGCUUGCUAUUUAUUAUUAUUAUUUUUUAAAUUGAGGAAUUAUAUUUGCAAGUUUUUAGUGAGUUUAAUAUUCUUGUCAUAAUUUGAGAUUUUCAUUUUAUUA